CGUUGAUAAUGAUAUGACACCAUCCAACCAUUCAUCACAACAGCCUAGUGACUUGAGCAGCAUGCAGAUAUCUCCGUCCAUUAAAAUACCUGAUUUCACGCAAAUUCUUUAUCGCACCAGUCCAACUCAACCAGAGGGAUCUCCAAGUCUGCCCUGUGUCAAGCCAGGAAUCAAAUCCCACAAAGCGUUCAAAGAAAUCCUAGACGAACAAGUGGCAAAGCAGGCAAUCCACGCAUUUGCUGAUGAUCAAGACCUCAAAUCACUUGGCGUGGUUCUUGCUUGCGGACUGGAUUGGGCUUAUUACCAUGCUGAACAGCCACAUUCCAACGAGAUGAAACACUGGGAGAAGACUAUGAUAAACGACCCCGACUAUAAUCCAGAGACGCCACAUCCUUCAGUUAGUAUGACAUCAAGCGAGUCGUCAGAAGUUUCCUCUGCCCUCUCUGAGCCCCCCGAUGUCAUAUUCUCCAUUCCUGGUUGUGUUGAGGACAUUAUGAACAAACGUGUAAAAUUCUCCUUUGAAGACAUCCCGCGCUGCAAGCAAGCUUUGGUUCAGAUUGCGGCCCAUCUGAAGGCCUCCAACAGCCUCUUUUGGGGAUUACCGGGCAAUGGGAAAUGCAGUGCCUGUACUGGAUUUGUUUGUUUCGACACUUCGUCGCAUCUGUUUACUCACACUGACCUGCAUUAUUUAUAUAGGAGCAAAAGAGGGACGAGCGUAUACAAAAGUGGAAAGACGUCCUGCACCAUGUAUAGCGAGAGUUUCCAAGUCGUAGUUGAAAGCUUACACGUUUAAGUUCACUGGACAUUAUUUACUUGCAUAUCAGGUUAUGAAGUUUGCGAGACACACCUAGCAUGCAUACGAGGCACUGGAAUCAGGGCAAACAUUGAAGUGAAAAAAUCAUACGAUCAACGGAGUUGGUUGGCGGAGGAACGACGAGGUUGUGAAUAAGCGUAAGCAUGAAUUCAUGGUCGUGUUUCGUAGUUUUGGAGGAUGAAAUGGGAGAAAAGAAAGCCACG